AUUAUCUUCCCCGAACUUCCACGCUUAUAUUGGUGACUACCUUGAGGUUAAGCUCAGGAAACCAUCAACGAUCACAGGUUUUAAGACACAGGGAAGGCCAGGAAAUGGCCAAUACGUUACGGAAUACAUGGUAUCGUAUAGUGACAAUGGCACGGCGUGGCAAGACGUCAAGGACAACAAUGGAGUCGCACAGGUAUUUACCGGCAACUCCGUCGCUUCGGGCAUUUCUGAAUCGACCAUGGGUUCCCCGAUCAUUGCGUCAUACAUCCGGGUGGUCCCAACACUUUGGGUAGGGCAUUCGGCUUUCCGACUUGAAAUACUUGGAUGUCCUCUUCCUCAGUCUGGACGCCAGACAUGUUGGAAGGCAAAUUACGUCACGGGGAUGCCAAGUUCGGAUAUGUUUAGUACAACAAAGACCAACUUUGGCGAGUGUGGAAAGGAAUGUCACGGACAGGACGCGUGCUACGCUUUCACCUUGAACCAAGGAUCCGGUCAAUGUCAAGGUCAUAGUUACACCAACUAUGUUAACGCGAACAUACAAAAUGUAACAACAUCGGCAUCUGGUGAAAGCAGCGCUUCAUUGCUGAAACAGGAAGACUGUCUGUAACUGUACAGUAUGACGUUAUACCUUUUCCCUACAUUUUCAGUUACAUUGACACAUGGCCCCGAGUUAUAUGUGUAGUGACUUUGGUUCGAAUCAGAGACGUAGCUUCUCAUGUUAAAUAUCUAAGGACUUGACGAAACGCAAAUUAUAUACGUAUUUUCUCAACGUGUCAGUUUAAAGGUAUUUUUUUCCAUAUGAACCGGUUAAUUUCUCCAUAAUUAAAAGAAACUUCAUUAACGAAAUACUGCAGAAAAUGAAUCAGUUUUCGACAAGACAAAGAUAGGAUAUUGCGUUUUAUCCAGUAAGUUUUCAAUUUCUAGCUUUGAUUGACAUUUGAACUUUUAAGAGGA